CCAACACCAAGGAUCACUUUCUCAGGAAAGAAUCUUUUACCCCCUUCAAAUCCCAGUACUGUACUCGGCUCGUUCUCCUUUUCAUCAGGAAACUGGAUUGAACUUUCCUCUAUAAACCAACACACCGCUUUGUGCUGACUUUUGUCGGUUUGUUGUGUUUCCAGACCUUGCUGUAUCAUACCGCACGUCCACAUAUCUGUUCCACCGGAAACCUAUUCUUGUUUGUUUAAGCUUUCAUACCCUCUCUGAAACAAGCCUCUUUUCUCCUCUCCAUCUCCACAAACCAACGGUCCCUAGCAAACCCGGCACGAAAACUGCGAAGUCCCGCCAGAAAAGGACAACAUCCCGCCUCCUCGCCUCAAAGAAAAAAAAUUCACCCUCCUGCCACCUCUUGUUUGCAACAUCUGUUCUCUCCACUCCUCUUCUGCUCUCAACACCUCUACCGGUAAUUGAGAGCCACAUACAACUGAAAUGGCUCAAAGUCGAUCGAUGGAGGCCCGCGUCGGGAGAGUCAAACAACGAUACGCAUCCGAUGGAUCUCGCCUCGUUGCCGGAGUCGUGGCAAUCUCCAUCGAUAGACGAAAGGUUCUUGUUGUCGAAUCAACAAACCGUGACAAUCACUGGGUCCUGCCUAAGGGCGGCUACGAAACUGAUGAACCAACCCCGGAGGACGCCGCCAGUCGCGAAGCAUGGGAGGAAGCAGGAAUAACCGGUAAAAUAACCCGGAAUCUUGGGGAAAUUCGGGACCCGAGGCCACAGAACGUCCUUGAUGCGGCAAAGUCGAAUAGCAAAAUCCCUCCCUGCGCUCUCUACUAUUUCUUUGAGUUUAAAGUAGAGAAAGAGGAAGCUCUCUGGCCCGAAAUGCACAAGCGAAGACGAAGAUGGAUGACUUACGAAGAAGCUUCCCAGUGCUUCAGAGAGAUGGACAGACCAGAGCUGUUAGAGGCAAUUGAGAGAAGUAGCAUCCUUCGGUAGUCGAGGCCUCGCCCCAGCCAUCCUCGGUUCCCAGAGAUCUGUAUGCAUGUUUACGAGGUGCGACAGAACCACUUGGUCGAUCUGCACUUAAGGGGGCUAGGAUAGAGUAGCAUGGUGGCUUCUCUGACAUUAUUGAGAGACCUUUUUCUCUUGCUUUCUUAAUUUUUUCAUCCAUUUUCUUAGCACAGCUUGUGGGGCUAUUUUUCUUCCUCCCUGUCCUUUCAUACAUUACUCACUUCUUUCAGUCGUUUCCCCUCCAUUCACUACCCAGACAACGGAAUUCUGGAUGUCCAUAGGGUCAUGAUAUAGAUGGACAGUGGUGUGUGUAACUUAAAAGCUCAGCGUGUUCCCUUUACUUUUCUUUAUUUACAUUUUCACCAUCAAACUAGUCUACGAUCCACCCCCUGUCUCACUCUCUUAUUUAUUCUUUCCUUCAGAGCGUUCGACUGAGGAGCUAGAUUCUUGGAUCAGGGGGCACCCCAACCCUAUAAACCACAAAAAAUUGUAGAUGAUUUCUUUCUUUUUCCACUUUUAAUAAGGAUAGAUAGAACACGAGUUAACUUAACCAA